UCUGCAUUGGCUGGUUAUGGAGCCGCGGUUGAGCCAAUGAGAGCGCGCGUUGUUGGCGUGCCGGGCUCUAGAGACCCGGGAGCAGGUUGCCGUGGAGACAGCAGACCUGUUUGUGACUGGCCCUGCCACCUGAUUGUGUUGGGAGGCAGCACCGAAUCUCUCUGAACAUGAUCCGAAUUGCAGCAUUGAAUGCUAGUUCCACAGUUGAGGAUGACCAUGAAGGGACUUUUAAAAGUCACAAAACUCAGACAAAGGAGGCUCAAGAAGCAGAAGCUUUUGCUUUGUAUCACAAAGCUUUGGAUCUUCAGAAACAUGACCGAUUUGAAGAGUCUGCUAAGGCUUACCAUGAGCUGUUGGAAAUUCGUCUUCUGCGAGAGGCAGUUCUCUCUGGUGAUGAGAAGGAGGGGUUAAAACACCCAGGCUUAAUGUUAAAAUAUUCCACAUAUAAAAACCUAGCCCAGCUGGCAGCCCAACGGGAUGACCUAGAAACAGCCAUGGAGUUUUACUUGGAGGCUGUAAUGCUGGACUCCACAGAUGUCAAUCUGUGGUAUAAAAUAGGUCGUGUGGCAAUAAAACUAGUCCGUCUGCCACUGGCACGUCAUGCUUUUGAAGAAGGACUUCGGUGUAAUCCUGAUCACUGGCCUUGCUUAGAUAAUCUCAUCACUGUCCUGUACACACUCAGUGACUACACAACAUGCUUGUAUUUUAUCUGCAAAGCUUUGGAGAAAGACUGUCAAUACAGCAAAGGACUGGUUCUUAAGGAGAAGAUCUUUGAGGAGCAACCUUGCCUCAGGAAGGACUCCCUUAGGAUGUUUCUCAAGUGUGACAUGUCAAUCCAUGAAGUGAAUGUGAGUGCAGCUGAAACAAGAACAAUCAUAGAUGAAGCACUGGAGCUACGUAAGAAGAGGCAGGCUCUAAUGGUGCGAGAGCGAGAACCAGAUCUUAAACUUGUUCAGCCAAUUCCAUUUUUCACAUGGAAGUGUCUAGGAGAGAGCUUACUUGCCAUGUAUCACCACUUGACAACCUGUGAACCUCCUCGACCCAGCCUGGGGAAGAGAAUUGACCUCUCAGAGUAUCAAGACCCAAUCCAGCACUUGGUUAUUUCUCCUACUUCUACUCCUGUCAGUGUUAUCCAGGCCAAUCCUGUCAGCACUAAUCCAGUGGUUACAAUGACAGAUCCAGUAUUAACUUACAUUCCAGUGACACCCCAUUUUCCCAGUCACAGUCAGAAUUUAUUGGAAUCAGUAGCUCCUGUAGGUGAGCAAGGUGACACAUCUGCAGGUGAUAAAUCUAAAAAAGGGGUGAAGCGAAAGAGAAUCACAGAAGAUAGUGGCGAAACAGCAAAAAGGCGAUCUGCUAGAGUACGAAACACCAAGUGCAAAAAGGAGGAGAAAGUUGACUUUCAAGAACUAUUGGUGAAGUUCCUUCCUUCCAGGCUGAGGAAAGUGGAUCCAGAGGAAGAAGAUGAUCCUUUCAGUAGCUAUGAAGUGCAGUCAGAGAUCAAAGAAGAGAACUUCCAGCAUGUUGGGCCACAUAGGAUGUCAUUUGAUUCUACAACAUUCAUGGAAUCUGAGAAACAGGAUGUUCAUGAGUUCCUUCUAGAUAACCUGAACAAUGGUGGUAUACUUGAACUGAUGAUGAGAUACCUCAAAGUAAUCAGCCAGAAGUUCCUGGUCAAGUGGCCACUUGGAUUGGCUGAAGUUGUCCUUAGUAUCUACAACAGCUGGAGAAAGCACAGUAGUAAUCUGCCCAACCCAUUGUUGAGAGACUGUAGCAACCAGCACAUCAAGGAUAUGAUGUUGAUGAGCCUUUCUUGCAUGGAACUGCAACUUGACCAAUGGCUCUUGACCAAAAGGAAAAGCACUACAGUUUCCCCUCGGAAUUGCCCUGCUACCUCUGUGAAUGGAAAGUUUGGUCCUGAUUUCCCAGGAACUCACUUCCUGGGAGACCUGUUGCAGCUAUCAUUUGCAUCCUCCCAGCGAGAUCUGUUUGAGGAAGGAUGGGUGGAGUUUGUGGCUCGAGUGUAUUGGCUGAAAGCGCGCUUCCUAGCACUUCAGGGUGACAUGGAGCAGGCUUUGGAGAAUUAUGACAUCUGUACUGAAAUGCUACAGAGCUCCACUGCUGUCCAAGCCAAAGCUGGCAAUGAAUGCAGCAUCAUAAUCCGUUUACCUAAUCUCCACGUUGAUUCUGUAGUUUCUUUAGAAGAGAUUGACAAGAAUCUGAAGUCUCUGGAGAGAUGCCAGUCUUUAGAAGAAAUCCAGCGACUGUAUGAAGCAGGAGAUUACAAGGCAGUGGUGCAUCUGCUUCGCCCAACCUUGUGCUUUAAUGGAUAUGGCAGAGCUAAACAUCUGGAAUUUGUUAUAUCCAUACCAGAGAGACCGGCACAGUUGCUCCUGCUGCAGGAUUCCUUGCUCAAACUGAAGGAUUAUAAGCAGUGUUUUGAAUGCUCAGAAGUUGCCUUGAAUGAAGCAAUUCAGCAGAUGAUUAACAUGACAGUAGCCUCUGCUAAAGAAGAGUGGGUUGCUACAGUAACGCAACUGCUCACAGGGAUUGAUCGUUCAUUGUCAUCCGAAAACAACAUCCUGAAGGAAUCUUCUGUAACACCAAGCCUUAUUCGGCUAACAACCAACCUCAUCCAGAUUAUAGACUGCAGCAUGGCUAUCCAGGAAGAACCCAAAGAGCCAUAUGUUUCCUCAGUGCUUCCCUGGAUUAUUCUGCACAGAAUCAUUCAGCAUGAGGAAGAUGCCUUCCGAUCCCUCUGCUGUCAGCAGCAACAGCAGCAGCUCCAGAACCAGGGUGAAGAAGUGAGUCCUGAUGCCCCUAUGCUGCCUUCUUCCCUCAUGCUGCUUAAUACUGCUCAUGAGUACCUAGGGAGAAGAUCUUGGUGUUGUAACUCAGAUGGUGCUCUUCUCAAAUUCUAUGUGCGAGUACUGCAAAAGGAGCUUGCAGUGUCUACCUCUGAAGAUACUCAUCCCUACAAAGAAGAGCUGGAGACAGCCCUGGAGCAAUGUUUUUAUUGUUUAUAUGGUUUCCCUAGCAAAAAGAGCAAAGCAAGGUACCUGGAAGAACAUUCUGUGCAGCAGGUGGAUUUAACGUGGGAAGAUGCUCUAUUUAUGUUUGAGUAUUUUAAGCCUAAAACUCUCCCUGAGUUCGAUAGCUACAAAACAAGCACUGUAUCUGCUGAUCUGGCCAAUCUUUUAAAAAAGAUUGCUACGAUUGUUCCUCGAACAGACAAGCCCAUGUUGAACUUAGAUACUCUCUCAGCCUAUAUUGAAGGAACCUGCAGCAAGGAACCAUCUCUCCCUGAGGGUGCAGACUACUCUCCUCCAGUGGUGACUGAACUGUACUACCUCCUGGCAGACUACCAUUUUAAGAACAAAGAGCAAUCUAAAGCCAUUAAAUUUUACAUGCAUGACAUCUGUAUUUGUCCAAACAGGUUUGAUUCUUGGGCUGGAAUGGCUCUAGCUAGAGCAAGUCGAAUUCAGGACAAGCUGAACUCCAAUGAGCUGAAGAGUGAUGGGCCCAUUUGGAAGCACUCUACCCCUGUCCUCAACUGCUUCAAAAGAGCUCUGGAGAUUGACUGCUCCAAUCUCUCGCUCUGGAUAGAAUAUGGCACCAUGUCCUAUGCCCUUCAUUCUUUUGCAUCUCGACAGCUUAAGCAGUGGAAGUCAGAACUUCCCCCUGAGGUUGUGCAGCAGAUGGAAGAGCGUCGAGACAGCAUGCUGGAGACAGCCAAACAGUGCUUUACUUCAGCAUCUCGUUGUGAGGGAGAUGGAGAUGAAGAGGAGUGGCUUAUACACUACAUGCUGGGAAAGAUUGCAGAGAAACAGAAGCAACCUCCUGUUGUCUACCUGUUUCAUUAUAAACAGGCAGGUCAUUACUUGCAUGAGGAAGCAGCCAGGUACCCAAAGAAGAUUCACUAUCAUAAUCCACCUGAACUUGCCAUGGAGGCAUUAGAGGUUUACUUCCGACUUCAUGCCUCUAUCCUGAAGCUUGUAGGAAAGCCAGACUCUGGAGUUGAUGCAGAGAUACUAGUUAGUUUCAUGAAAGAGGCUUCUGAAGGACCAUUUGCCAGGGGUGAGGAGAAGAGCACCCCAAAAGUUUCAGAGAAGGAAAAGACUUGCAUGAUUGAUGAAGACUCUCACUCUUCUGCUGGAACAGUGCCGGGCCCUGGGACUUCUCUCCCCUCAUCCUCUGGUCCAGGUCUGACAUCCCCACCUUACACAGCCACUCCAGUUGACCACGAUUACGUCAAAUGUAAAAAACCCCGUCAGCAGGCAACGCCGGACGGUACAGUCCCUGUUCUCAAUACUGCCAGCACAGGGAGGAGUCAGGAUAGCACAGCAGUGGUGCUCUCGGAUUCCAGCUCCACACAGGACAUCUUUAAUGAGCCUGCCAGUUCUCAAGACAGUUUGAGGAAACCUUACUCGGAAAAGAGGACUGCUGCUUCCUGCUCUGAGACUAUGGCAUCAUGCAAAGAGAUUCUAGGGUCUGCAGAGGAAAGAGUUACAGGAAAGUCAGAAGAACCUGCAGAGAACUCUGAAUCUUACGCAACUGAGCUUGGUGGCCAAAAAUGUCAUUUAGAUACCCCGGCAUCAUCUGGCAAUCCCACUAAAGUUACCAUCCCCCCAUCUUUGCAGUGGGACUGCAAAAAGAAAGCAGAACCUGGUGCAGAUGCAUCUGAAUUUCCCCAGGGUCUUCCAGCAGAUCUUGAGGAGCAGCGCAAGUUUCUGACAGAGCAGUGUAUUGCCUCCUUCUGUUUAUGUCUGAGCCGUUUUCCUCAGCACUACAAGAGCCUCUACAGACUGGCCUAUCUGUAUACAUACAGCAAAACACACAAGAACCUCCAGUGGGCCCGAGAUGUGUUGCUAGGCAGCAGUAUCCCAUGGCAGCAGCUGAAGCACAUGCCAGCACAGGGUCUCUUCUGCGAGAGGAACAAGACUAAUUUCUUCAAUAGGUUUGCUGUCUUGCUUUCUGUUCAGGGAAUCUGGCGCAUUCCCGUGGAUGAAAUCGACCGCCCAGGCAGUUUUGCAUCUCAUAUGAACCGCUCUAUUGUCUUGUUGCUGAAUGUACUGUCACAGCUCAAGGAUUCCAACACCUUAUUGAAAGUCUCAUCUAUGCUGCAAAGGACCCCUGACCAGGGAAAGAAGUACUUAAGGGAUGCAGAUCGCCAGGUGCUUGCCCAACAAGCCUUUGUUCUCACAGUGAAGGUGUUAGAGGACACACUCAACGAUCUGACACAAGUUUCGGAAGAUCAGGGUUCCAAAUCUUGUAGCCUUGUAGUUGGAAGGAUGACAACAGACGUCUCCAACAAAGCUAGUGCUGAAGAGGGGAAGGAGGUCCUUCCCAAAAAGCCAGUUCUUUCUGAUGGAGCAGGACAUGUUACUGAGAAUGGAGUGAAAGAAGUGACCCAGGGACAAACUCCCAAUGCUAUGGACACGUUGGAACAAGAGGAUAAGAAUAACAAAGAAAUAAAAGAGGUUCCUAGGCCUGGCUCAGUUGAGCCCAUGGAUCUUGACAGCUAUUCCACUGACCCUGAGAAAAUUGAUUCUUCCUGUAAACGCACUGAGUCAGACCGUGUUCAGCCUAGCAGGAACUUAAAGGAUAAAACACCUGAAAGCCGAACUGCAGAACUCUCCCUGGAAGACUUAAGUAUCAGCUCAAAGCACCAGCAGCAAGUAGCUAAAGGAACGAUCCAGACACCACCAACAGAGGAGGCUGUUCAGAGAUCAAAUAGAAAGAGGAAGUUACUAGAGGAUGUAGAAUCUGGGAAAACCCUCUUGCUUGAUGCCUACCGGGUAUGGCAGCAAGGUCAAAAGGUCAUGGCCUAUGACCUGGGCAGAAUUGAGAAGAUCAUGUCUGAAACAUAUAUGCUGAUUAAACAGGUGGAUGAAGAAGCAGCCCUUGAACAGGCAGUCAAGUUCUGUCAGGUGCAUAUGGGAACCUCAGCACAGAAACAGUCCACAGGAGAAAUGCCAACAACCCCGAAACAUACAAAGGACAGCAAAGAGAGUUUCUUUCCAGCAACACUGCACGCCACUCCAGUGAACCCAGAUGCUGUGACUUCUGAAAACUUACUGAGACUAAAUGACUUGCAUUCCAAACCGAAGCAAGCUUCCUCUUCCUCAGCAUUAUCAUCAGUGCCACAACCACAGGAGCCAAAUAAAGAUGCUGAGCAUCUCCGGAGCCAGAGUGUAGAGACUGCUCCCAGCAUGUCUUACCUUGCACGCGAGGAAGAAGAGCUAGAAGGGCUUGGAUUUCAGCAGCAAGAGUCUCGACUUUGCCAACAAAUGAAAAUGGCUACAGUUGCUCCAUCAUCUGAACCUGCUUGCUGGCAAGCAGAAUCCAUGACCAGCACAAGUUCAGGACAUGUCUGUACCCAGGCCACCAGUUCCAAGCUGGAGCUCGGCUCCAGUUCACAGUCCUUGGGAAGCCAGCAGAACAAGGCAGACAGCACCCGAGUAAAAACCCGCAUUCUGCCCAACAUGCCAAAGCUUUUCAUUCCUUCAUCCAUUACCAAAUUUCCACCUGAGAUUACUGUCACUCCACCAACUCCCACCCUCCUUUCUCCAAAGGGCAGCAUCUCAGAAGAAACCAAACAAAAAUUAAAGUCCGCUAUUUUGUCUGCUCAGUCUGCAGCAAAUGUAAAGAAGGAAAGCCUUUGUCAGCCAGCUUUGGAGAUCUUAGAGACCUCAAGUCAAGAGUCUUCACUGGAGAGUGACACUGAUGAAGAUGAUGACUAUAUGGACAUAUGAAUGAAUUGUGGUCAUCGCCAACGCCAACCAUAUAAGCAGCCUUCUUGUUGCCAGCAUUACUGCCAUCUUACUGUUGGCAUUACCUUCCAUUUAAUUUUCAUCAGCAUUGUAUCCUUCACCUCCAUUAUCUUCAUUGCCACCACCGCCUCCGGUAUUGCCUUCAAAAUCCUCACCAUUCUUUUUAUCAUGGUGCUUGACAGAAAGAAUGAUUGAUUUCCAGCCAGUAAGCUCAUCUGGACCACAUUGUCACCCUUAAACUCCAGAAAACAGCAGUGUUGUAAGCUGCAACUUGCCUCUCUGCUUCUACUUCUCCAAACCAUGUGCUUGGGAGCCAACACAGUGGCUCCUCCACAGGGACUUGCACUUUUCUCUAGCUGUCUUCUAGCAUUUUCCCCUUGUUAAUUUUUCCUCCAGGGAAUUUGAAGUCUGGUCUCUAGAUGUAUAUCAUGAGCUAUCCACUGCUCAACAUUUCUACCACUUCCAAUUAAAGUGAGUGGAUUGGGAGGAAGUUGCUGAGCCAGCAGAAGUUUAUCGUGGCAUCAAGAAUUUUCUAUGCCUUCUGGAGGAAAAGUGGAUGAAUGUUUCAGCUUUCUGGCCUGGUCACAGAACAUCCAAACUUGGCUGUGACAGCUAACCAGGAAAUCAGGUUUCUAGUGUGGGCAGUUUGGCCUCCAUCUUGUGCUCAUUUCACUCGUUAAGCCUGACAAAAGAUAAUUUACCAGAUUGUUAGCUUGAACAGAAGAUAAACUUUCCAGCAAUGUCUUAUGGCCUCUUCUCUAAUGCCUUGGACAAGCAUUUUGGGCAGAGAGUUAAAUGACAUUUUUAUGGUGGUGUUGGGGGAUGUUACGGAUUUCAGUACCAUUUCAGUAAUGUCUGUUUUUUACAGAAUGACACAAAAAGGUGUUUUUUAUCUAUCUGCAGAGGGAUUGCCCACAGUUAUUUAUAUGGGAAAAUAAUGGUAACAAACAGCAACUUUUUCUACUGAAUGUUAACUUUGUAAAAUAAUGAAUGCAAACAUGCAAAAAAAGCUGCAUAUAUAAAAUGCAUAGAGCUUGCUGUGUUGAAUUUCUCUGUUUUUGGGGGGAGGUGUUUUUUGUCCAGUGCAAAGCUUUGAAUAAACUUUUUUUUUAAUAAAGUUGAAACAUACUAACUGUUGCCUCUCUUAA